UCUCUUUGAAAAAAUGUGUUAAAAACACAAACUGUGUACUAUGUAAAAAAAUACAAAAACUGUAUAUGGAAAUGAUAAUCCAACAAGACUGAAAGAAUUCAAUUUUAAACCAAGAAUAAUUAACCAAACAAAUAUUGUAUCCAAAAAUAAACUCUUUCCUCUGACAAAAGUGCAUAGCAACAAACAGAAAAACUGUGAAAAAAAAAACAACCGACAACAUGCCGAUAUACAAGUCUUCCCGCAACAAUUAAACCAAAAAUAAAAAGUAUUCGAAACAAAAAAAAAAUCCAAAACUUUGCAUUGGUCCUCCAAAUGAAAUAUAAUUCAAGAAAAGAAGAAGAAGAAAAAUAGACAUAAAUUUAAAACAUCAUUUUUGGGAACUAAAAAUACAGCAACGCACAAACUGAAAAGUGAAGCAACAACAACAACAACAACAAGAGCACAAAACAAAAAUCUUCCCAAAAAGGAAAAUAAAAUUUUCAAAUCAAAAAAAAAAAAAUUAACAAGCAAAAAUACUGUAAAGAACAUGCUUAUGUAAACUGCUGAAAUUUCUCUCUUUUAUUGGCCAACAGUGGUGAUUGCUCAGAGAAGUUCUAUAACACCCUGGAUGCUUGCCAUACAACUAAAUGUUGUUGAUAAUUUUGGCAUUUCUCAUGAAAAUCAGUGACAUUUCCAAAAUGCACGGCAAACGAUAUUUCAACAACAACAACAAUAACAACAACAACAGUUGUCAUAACAAUGCCAACAACAGCAACAAUAACAACAACAAUGACAACAUGUCUCCUGCUCGACAUCAUUGGCAACAUGUUGCCAAAGGCAAAGCCAAUACCUCCAAUUCAAGUAGUACCAGCAGUGGCUGUGAUAGUGCGGCCUCUUCCUCAUCCUCCUCCAAGGAGAAUAGUUACCAAAAUAAAUUACAACAACAUAAUGUGUCACUAACUCCUCAGCAAUUGCAACAGCUACGUUACUAUCAACAAUUGCAACAACAACAAUUGCAAUUGUUGCAGCAACAAUUGAUACAAAGAAAACGUUUGCAACAACAGUUGCGUGAACAAGGUGUUGAUAUUAGCCAUCAUGCAACAUCAAAGGCGGCAAACAAAACCUCCUCCUCCGUGGCUUUGACAUGCAAUCAACAGUAUUUGAGACAAAUGCGCUUGCAACAACAACAACAGCAUCGUUUGUAUCAUAUGCAACCUGCUCAACAGCAACGUUUGCAAAAGCCCCAAUUGGAUAAUUUUAUGUUUCAAAAUAAGAACUUCAACAAGAAUAUCAAUGAUAUUUUGAAUAACAACAAUGAAGAAAAUUAUCUUCAGCAACAGCUGAAACAAUACAACUACAAUGUGAACAAUGGUAGCAAUGGUGAUGGUGAUGAUAAUGGUGGUGGUGCUGCUCUUUCAAAAGGACCAAAAUCCUAUCGUGGCAUGACAGAAUUCUCUACGAACAACGACAUCAACAACAAAACUCAUUUAUCAUCUCAACCGCUUCAAAAUUCACCACGCCAUCAUUAUAUACCAUAUCCUACGGCACACAAUAAUUCACCACACACAACUAACAUAAAUACACAACAACAACAGCCACAUCAUAACAAUACCACUACAUUCAAUGCACAAUUUAACAAACAAUUCACACAAACACUAAAACAACAACAACAACAUCUCAUCAAUAAUUGCAAAAAUAAUCAAACCACCACAGCUUCAUCAUCAUCAUCCCCCUCAUCAGUAACAACGACCACCACAAAUACGACGACGAUAAAUUCUUCUGCAAAUAACGCCAAUAAAUUGAAUGAGCUACUAUUACGUUCACCCUCAUCGGCGGCCUCAUCUGUAACACAUUCCCCCACACAUUAUCAUCAUCAGGCUCAAAAUUAUCGCAAACCUUUUAAUUCACCACAAAAUUCACCAUUUGUCGGCACCGCUAAUACAGGCGGCGUUGGCUGUGCUCAGCAACAAAACUAUCAGCAACGUCGUAAAUUGCCCUUUCUCACUCACACUCAGUAUCAGCAACAUUUGAAUGAUUUGCUCUCGCAGCAACAGCAUUUGCAACAACAGCAGCAACAAUUGUUGCUAAGCAAAGACCACACUGACGAGGAGUUGUCCGAGGAGAGUUUGAAACAAAAUGUUGCCAUUGUGUUGAGCAAUUUGGAUCGUUAUAACAACGCUUUGCGCAGCAUCAUUCUGAAUGAGCAGGUCCUUACGAACACGGCCAGCAGUAGUGUGUUUUAUGACGAGUCUGAUUUGAAUUUUCUCAAUUGUGGCAAUAACAAUUUGCAACAGCAACAGCAUCAACAGAAUAGCAACAAUAUGGCCACGGCUAUAACUCCGGAAUCGGAUUACAAUAGUAAUGCCACUACGCCAGGAUCUCGCAGCAACAACAUGUUGCCCUAUGAGUCAAGCACAGGAGGCAACAUGUUGCCUAACCAGGCCCAGCAACAUUUGGUAGGUUUCACCCAUACAACGGGUGGUGGUGGUGGUGGUUUAAACAAUGCUUGCUUGGGUGGUGUUGGUGGUGGUAACGCUUAUAUGGGCAACAAUUUAAACUGUUCUUUGGCCUCGUCCCAUGACUUUACUCAUGACAAUUCUGAUUAUCAGUGGUUCUUGGACUAUGGCUACAGAGAUGGCUGUGGUGGCAUGCAGCGCAGUGUUCUCUCCUCACUAUCGGCCUCCUACAAUGGCUUGGGCGAUCUCAUCUAUGAGGAUUUGGCCAAAAAUCUUGAUGCCAAUUUGGCCGAAGUGGAUAUGGAAAGUUUUCGUGCCGAGGAUAUUCAUUCGCUGCUCUCACAAUUGCCCUCGUAUUGCAAGAGCUUGGGUGGCAAUCGUCUGCAACAGUCGCUGAUGAUGCAACAGCAUUUAAUGCCCUCCCAAAAUAUGCCUUUGGGGGGCGGUGUCGGUGGUGGCCUUCCAUUGCAUCAUCAACAGAUGAUGGCAGCUAACACAAUGUCCCAGACAUCUACAACAUCCACCAAUGAUCUGAUCGAUAAUUCAUUUUGCAAAUCGGAAUUGCUAUUUUCACCCGUUAAAGAAUCGCACAUUUCGGUGGACUCAUUGGACAUGGAUGGCUAUCCAGAUGAUGGUGAUAUAAUACUCACAUGUAAGGCGAAUAAGGAUAAUUAUACCAUAGCCUUUGAGGGCAGUGUACUGUAUUCGGAUGAAAGUUUUUAUGAACCCAAUGAAAUUGCCAUGAAAAAUAAGCAAAAUUUCAUCAACUUACAUAGCAAUUUAGAUGAUAUUGUUAAGCGAAAAUCUUUGGAAGUAUCAAUGUCACGGUCAGAGCAACCUCAGCCCUGCAAUCAGCGAAAUAAAUUGCAAAAGUCACAUACCACCCAAUUGCAAAGUCUAUAUGCCUUACUUUCUUCUCCGGCCCGCAGAUAUCCAUCGGGCAAUAAUAACAAUGCCCCCGAUGCCAUCAUCAUCAGCAGGCCAGCCCUGCAGCAGCUUACCAAUGCCAUGGGAGUUCGCAAGAGCAGUAGUUUGCCCAAUUUGCGCGACGAUUGCCAGGAGGUGAUGAUUUUAAGUCAAACUCAAAUUCAUCCAUCACAGCAUACAGAGGCCAAGGUGCAACAACAACAACAACAGCUAAAUGUAUCACAGGCGAUAACCACCUCCAAUAUGGAGGCGAAUUUGAAAUGUCGCAAUCUAUUGCCCAUGUGCCAGAUACCCAUAACCGCCAAUUCCACAGCAGCGUCCAUAGAUGAGCGUUUGAAUAUUUUGACACAAACAGCGCACCAUCAGCAGCAGCAGCACCACCACCACCAGCAACAGUCGUCCUCGGGCAGCCAUCAUCACAAAGCCACUAAACAUCGUUGCUGUUGUGGCGGCAGCAGCAGUGGGGCCAGCAAUCACUCGAACUCAAUGGCCAGCAAUAAUGGCUCGGCCACCCUGACUUCGCACCACUCGAACAAGGCUCACAUUUCAGGUUCUACUUCGUCGGGCUCCUCCAAUCCCCCGGCCUUCAAUCUAGUCAAAUUGUUUAUCAAACAGAAAAGCACAAAUUGCUCUUUGGAAGAUCAACCGAGUGCUCACACCUGCAUGGAUGUCUCCUCGGGCUGUUGGCCUUCGAGUGAUGCCAAUAACUCGAGCACCAGCUCCUCGCUGGAACAGCGAUUGCGUAAGAAGAGCAUGAACGAUUCCGGCAAGGGCUCCGCUCUAAGUAGGCACGAUGAAGAGGUGGAGGCCAACGCUAUGACAUUCCAAAUGGAUGCUUCAUCGUCUACGCCCAAGAAACACCAGCAGCAGCAACAGCAGAGACGUUCCUCCUUGUUCUACGAUGAGGAGCCGAGCUCCAGUUCGACGGGCUCUUUGACGGCCACCAACUCGCCAGCCCAUCGCAGACGCAGCAUGCCUUUGCGCAAUCCCGCUCUCAAUCAUUUGGCUGUCCAACAUAACAAUAACUCAAGUGCUAGUCUCCUAUCAUCGGAUAAUACCUCCGAACAGCUGACCCAGAUCCAAUUGUCCUCGGGCCAAGAGGGCUCAUCCUCAGCAUCCUCCCAAUCAGCCUCAUCUGCCAAAGCCGAACGCAACAAGCAGCGGAGAAGUCGCGAGGCUUCUCGGCCCAUCUCGAAUGCUUCGAGUUCCGAGAUGAUAACCCGAUCCAUGCAGACCUCAUGCGGUUCUCUAAGUACCCGCAGUAGUUUAAGUGAUCGUUUCCGUUGUGUGCCACCCUCGUUCUUGGAGAAGCUUAACAACUUGGGCGAAGAGAGGCAGGCGCCCAUUUAUGUCAUCUAUCCCAACUAUGCUCUGCCCGAUUUGGGUUUCGUCAAGACCUCGGCGACGCCCGAUGUCAUCUUUUCACCCUUCAACUACAAGAACUCAAUUGGCAGCACCUCGGCCACCUCCUCGAGCGCCUCGUUGAAGAAGCGCUUCAGCCUCAUGUCAGGCAGUGAUGAGGAUGAGAUCCUCAAGACCAUGGACUACAAGCAUGUGCAGGACUGGCAUUCACUGGUGACUCUGUUGCCCGGUGACUAUAGACGUAGGCUAAAACACAUUCCAGAGGUGAACGGAGUACUUAGCCAUUUGGAGGCGGAACUUUCACAGAAGCCCCUCUUCUGUUUGACGCCACCGGUGAGACGCAACAGGCCCCAUAUAUGUGAUUGCAAUCAAUAUUUCCAUAGGGAACAGGCCGCCACAGAGACCACAGGUGGUGGCGCCUCCUCAAGCUCAGGUUCUAGUCAGCAACCCUCCUCCGGCUAUAGGGGAUCUUCAACCAUGCUCACCGAUUCGGAGUUUGAAAGUGGGGCAGGCAAUGGCACCAUGGCCAAUGCUAGUGGUGAUAAUCUUAAGCAAAUGUAUGUCUAUCAGUAUGAGCAGCAACGCAUGGAUUCCGGCGUAGAGAUGAGUCCCAAGGUGCAGUCCACCACCCCAGUGCCCAUGCCCAGGGGUAUUCUACGCAAAAGUUCUUCGGCUGUGCGAAACAAACGCAACUCCAUGAUUGAGCAUGAGGCCAAGCAAACAAAGUUGGAGAAGCGUAGAUCUCUGCAGGAGCCGCCACAUCAUUAUCACAUUGGCUCGGCGGAGGAGUUGGCCGAAGUCUUUGAGGAAGAGGUCGCUGGUUGUGAGCUAUAUGCCAGUCCCCAGCCGCGCAGUGAACGUCUGUCGCGUAAGGAUUUGGAUGCUCGGGUGCGAGCGGAGAAUUUCCUUUCCUCAUUGCCCCGCAAUGAAUUGAAGUAUUAUGCUGAGAUAGCCGCCAUUCUAGAGUCUUCCGAACCAGAAAUUCAAUAUGAUGCAGCUGCCCUAAAGAAAGAGGUAUCCAGGGCUUUGAGCCAACAAAAGAAGGUCUCCUUCAAUGACAAGGAAGGUCAAGCGAAUGCCAUGGUGCAAAUGCAGGCGGAGACAAGGCAAAGGUUUUCCACCCCACCCAAUUCGCCGAAUAUCUCUAUGGCCACCGCUGGCCACAGCAAUAAUGCUGCUGCGGCUUUGCGUUUGCAAAAUCAUCCCUCCGCAUCACCGGGUGCUGCUGCCGCCGCUGUAGCCGCUCCGCGACGCUGCUCACAACGUGAUGAACUGGAUAAGCGCAAGUCUGAAAGUAAUCGCUUUAAACGUCUGCAAAUUCAAUGGGAACUCAUGAGCAAGGACUCGAGCAUGCUCAAGGAGCUGGUCAGCAAUGAACAAACCAAGAGUGGCGGUUCAACACCCACAUCGGCUCAGGCUGCUGCCAAUGCAGCAGCAGCGUCCAAAUCACGUAUACCUCGUCCUGUUAGCUAUCCAGCAGGAAAAAGAACUGAUAUGUAUAAUGAUCCUCCUACUCAUCAUCAUCAUGUAAUGACUGAUAACACAACAACAACAACAACCACAACAACUUUAAACCAUAAAUAUGCCAAUGUAAAUACAAAAAUACCUAAACCUCCACGUAUUUCUCCACAAAUUGCUAGAAUUUCAAAUCAAGCGGAUCCCACAAAGACAACCAGAUCCCCCUCUCGUCUACAGCCACCGAAACGUUAUAGCAUGACCACAACACCACCCUCAGCGACCAAUGUUGGAGCGGUAAUGUCAUCCCCAUCCACACCAACAACGCCAGGCGGCGGUGGUUCGGCUAAUCGUGCCCGAACACCAAAUUCUAGAGUAGCAGUGACAGCCCCAAAUACACCCAAGAAGAGAGUGCAAUCACCCAGAACUAUUCCAAGAGUGCGAUAAAUUGAGAUAAGAAGUGACAACAGACGGAAUAAUGAAUGGCACAUCACAUCCCCCUCCUGUGUUGUAAUAUUUAUUUUCCAAGUCCAGAAAUCAACAAAAACCCCCCCUGAAGAGCCAGCACGAGUUAAUAGAUUAGUCAAGAAGAUAAUGUGAAGAAAACAAAACAAAAAUUAGUCUAAAAAAGCUCUACUCUCUCUUACUUUCGCUAAAAAGAAAAAGAAAAAACACACACACACACACUCAUAAAGCCACAAGAAAAUGCUUAUAUCAAGUAUGAAUUUUAGCUAAGAAGAGAUGGGAACAGAAGGCUAACUUAGAGAAAGAAUGUAAACUAAAAUUGCGAUAAAGGCCAUAAACAACAGCUCCGCUUCCCCCCUCUCACUUUAAGGAAAGGAGAGACAUUUUCAUUAUUUACAACAACAACAAGAGAAAAUAUUUUGCUAUAUUUUUUAGUUUUUGUUUUUUGUAAAUUAGUUGAGAAUUGUAUGUAAACUUUAUUAACAUGUUUAAAGAUAAACCUUAUGAUAUCUUAUAGCAAAGACAGAGACAGACAUUUAUGAUCUCUCUCUCUCUCCCUCUCUCUCUGUAUCACUUUAACUUACACACAGAAAGGCAAGAUAAAUAUUUCUAUAAAUUAAGUAUAGUAAGUGAAAAAAAGGCCUAGUUUAUUAUCAUUACUAUUUUUAUAAUUAUUAUUGUUUUUUUUUGUUUAUGUCUCGUUUUUAUUUUUUUUAAAGAAGAGUUACUUUUUUUCUAAGUUUUGUUGUAAUACCAGUGAUAAAAAUCGUACCAAUCUAAUGGCAAAACUAAAAAGCGUACCAUAUUAAACACCAAUUACCCAAAAAAGAAAUCCAACCUGCUAUAGUAAAAGAAACCAAGUUUUCCUAAGUUCCAAAUGAAGGCCUAUUUUGAGUUUUUUUCUCUAACCAAAGGCAAAGGAAUGGGGAAAUAACGUAGAGAAACCUAAAGAAAAGAUAAAAAGACUUUGUAUGGGGUUAUAUCAUAAGGAUGAAAAGGCUAAACAUUGAAGAUGGAGAAGGCGAAGACGAAGGCUAGGAAAUGAUGAGAUGAGUUAUAAGAAAAACAAUCUUGUGUAUUUAUAGUUUUAAUUAAGUCCAUAUACAAAAGAAAACAAAAA